UCCCUCCUGCAGGGACUCGGCGGAGCCUCCGUCCGUCCGUCCGUCCGUCUGUCGGAGCGCAGCGGAAGCGGAAGGACCGGGCAAAGCAGAGGCGGGAUAAGCAGGGAAAGAGGGAUAAAGGAAGGAAAAGAGGGAUAAAGGAGGCUUUCGGUGCCGGUGCGGGAUGCUUCUGUUUUUACUUCUGAACUCUGAGAAGUCUUAACCCUCUGCAUUGUAAAGGAGAAUAGAGAAUAAGAAGGAAGAGGAGAAAAAUCACGCCUUUUUGUGUCUCUGCAGGGUAGCUAUUAAUCUUCAUACCAGUAAAAGGCGAAAAUGUCUGCAGCGUGCAACUUCGUUGUGCUCCACACUGGGCAGAAGAUGCCACUCAUAGGACUGGGAACUUGGAAGAGUGAACGUGGACAAGUGAAAGAAGCAGUGAAAUAUGCUCUAAGUGUGGGUUAUCGCCACAUCGAUUGCGCAGCAGCUUACAGCAAUGAAACGGAGAUCGGUGAGGCUUUCCAGGAAUGCCUUGGGCCCAACAAGGUUAUUAAAAGGGAGGACCUGUUUGUAACUUCAAAGCUCUGGAAUACCAAGCACCACCCAGAAGAUGUAGAGCCAGCAUUAAAGAAAACACUUGGAGAUUUGAAACUGGAUUACCUGGACCUGUACCUCAUGCACUGGCCUCAUGCCUUUGAACGAGGAGACAAUCUCUUCCCAAAGAAUCCUGAUAACACGAUGCGUUAUGAUUACACUGAUUACAAGGAUACCUGGAAGGCUAUGGAGAAGUUGGUAGAAAAAGGUCUUGUGAAAGCCAUUGGGCUGUCAAACUUCAACAGUCGUCAGAUUGAUGAUGUGAUAAGUGUGGCUACGGUCAAACCAGCUGUGCUCCAGGUAGAGUGCCAUCCUUACCUAGCUCAGAAUGAGCUGAUAGCUCACUGCCAGAAACAAGGACUGGUUGUCACUGCCUACAGUCCCCUUGGUUCUCCAGAUCGGAUGUGGAAACACCCAGAUGAGCCUGUGCUUCUAGAAGAACCUGGGAUCAAAAAACUGGGAGAAAAAUACAGCAAGUCACCUGCACAGAUCAUGCUCAGAUGGCAAGUGCAGCGUAAAGUGGUUGCGAUUCCCAAGAGUGUCACUCCUGCUCGCAUUCAGCAGAAUCUCCAGGUGUUUGAUUUCAGCCUUACAGAAGAGGAGAUGAGCCACAUCGGAAACCUGAAUAAAAACUGGCGUUACAUUGUGCCAAUGAUUACGGUGGACGGGAAGCUAGUAGCAAGAGAUGCUGGACACCCCCACUACCCUUUCAAUGACCCCUAUUAACUACUAGAAAAUAAGAUGUUAGAGUGACAUGCUCCUCUGCGUGCUCUUCCACAAAGUAAUUGUUGCCACAAUUUAUCAAAAAAACUUGUUCAAGUAAAACCUUCCUUCCUGAGCAGGUUUAGUCACAAUGUGCUCCUUCUAAGUGACCUCUGUUCUGGAGGCACCAUAGUUUUUCUACGUCAAAUUUUGUGGAUUUAUUACAAUGACUGCAAGCUUGCUCCUGGAAGCACUGAAUCUUUUGGGAAUUAAAUAAAGAGUAGAUGAGCCUAAAUCAAGUUCCAAACAUAUCAUUAUCAGGCUAGGGCAAUACUUUGGAUUUACUGCCUCUGAAACUGUUUUGAAAGCUCCAGUUAUUACCAUAAGGGGAAAAAAAAGGAGGGGAAAGGCAUGAAAGCAGUUUGAGACUGAACAGCUGCUCAGCCAUUGACCUUGAUAUCUUUAUUAAUAGUUUUAUACAGAGAAUAAGGUGAAAUGUGCUACAGUUGCACUGUGUCCCUAAACCAUUCAUUAAAACCAAAGUAAACGGCCAUGCCCAGUGCUUUUUAUCCCCUUUAGAGUACUUGUGGGACUUAGAAUUAUCCCUUCUCUAUUUUCUUUUUCUUUCAAUUUGCCUGUAGAUUUGAGGAGAAUAAAUGCAUACCCUGGAGCAGGCCUUCAGGGCAAUCCUUUGUUGAUAUCUUGUGGGUGGGUUCCAACUCUGACAAUAGCUCUGAUGGUCCCAUCACAAAAGCCUGGAGAACUUUUUUUUGUAAGCCUUGGUGAAGCUGCCCAGUGUCUCUUUUACUAAAGAUGUCCAGACUGAGUUCUGGAAGGUCAUAAAAUCAGUUCCUGACUCCACAGUAAGAGCAAAGGGCUCCUUCCAUUUUAGUGUCGCACGUUCAACUGCUGCCUGGGUAAAUGUUUGGGAGAGCCUGUCCUGUCUCCUGUUCCACCGCUGACCUGCUGGUAACACUAGGCCAAGCCGUUUGCCUUUUCUGCACCUCUGCUUUCCUACCUUGCCGUGUUUCUGCGUCCCAGGCAGGGACUAGCUGUACACUGGGAGCAGGACUGGAGCUCUGGCUUUAACAAAGGUUGUGUUUUGUUCCAGUCUCUUAGUGAAUUGUCUAUAGCUCUGAGUACAAAGGGGCAUGAGGUGUUAGUGCCUACUGGUGUUCUGACGGUGACACCUUCUGUGGCCUUAGCAAUGCCAAUGCUUUAUUUUGGUUUCUCUACCUGUAAAACAACAUUAAUGCUCAUUUGCCUUGGUGCAGGCAGGGUGCAGGCAGUUUCUAAAGGCCUCUGGGAUUUAAAACAAAAGAACUCUUUCAGAUCUGUUGAUGCCAUUCAGAGACAGUCAUAGGCACGGCUCCUCGUUUGCUGCUGGAUAAAGAGUGCAUAACUGACUGUAAGGGAAAGAAAGAAUCACUAUUAUCUUCCCCACAGCGAUAAAAAUCACAGCAUCAGAAAAGUUAUCCUCUGUAUUCAAAUGGUUCAAAAAUUAAAGAAAUCAGAUUAUUUUAGUUUUCUUAACCUCAUUUACAGUAGGUCCUUCGUUUAAUAAAACUAUGUAUUCAUCUCAAGCAUAAUGCCUCUGCAAGUAUUUCCUGCCGUGGGCCUCACCGUAUGCAGCUGAACUGGAACAAACCUGUUCAUCGCUCUUGGUAAUCCUUACGUUAAAUUUAAAGAAUUUCUGUUCCUCAGUAAAGUGUUUCUUAAUUCCUCCUGAAUUUACCUCAACGGAGAAAGCGAUUACAGCUCUGUUAGGAAUCGAUGUUUUCUUCAGAUGGGAAUGCAAUCCCUGUUGAUUUUUUAUUCUAAUCAAAUAUGGGUGGCUUUGAAUACGGUUCUUACUGCGAAUCAGUAGGGAAGCAAUUUUACUUUGAAAGUGCUGUGCAGAAUGUUAACAGCAGUCAUCCUGCCAAGAAAAAUGGCUUUUGUUGCAUGUAUUUCCACUUGUAUGUUUGCAUGUCUCCAAUAAAUACUAUGCUUGA